AUGCCUCUUAUUGGAUUAGGCACUUAUUCCUUCCCAAAUGAUAGGAACACAACAGAACUUGCCGUCCACAAUGCCCUUCAGAUGGGUUAUAGGCAUUUCGACACAGCAAAAAUAUAUGGUUCGGAGCCAGCAGUGGGGAAAGCCUUGAAUGAGGCAAUCUGCGAGGGAGAAGUGGAGAGAGAAGACAUUUUCUUAACAUCCAAACUGUGGGGGAGUGAUCACCAUGAUCCUGUUUCUGCAUUGAAACAAACUCUAGAGAAUCUGGGCAUGGAGUACCUAGACAUGUACCUAGUGCACUGGCCAGUCAAGUUGAAGCCAUGGGUUAACUACCCUGUACCUAAUGAAGAUGACUUUGAAAAGUUGGACCUUGAGACCACAUGGGCAGGGAUGGAGAAAUGCCUAGAAAUGGGGUUGUGUAGGUGCAUUGGGCUUAGCAAUUUCUCAAGCAAGAAGAUUGAGGCCUUGUUGGAUUAUGCUUCUACAACUCCAGCUGUAAAUCAGGUGGAAAUGCAUCCAAUGUGGAGGCAAGGAAGGCUUAGAAAGACCUGUGGGGACCACAAGAUCCAUGUGAGUGCUUAUUCACCACUUGGUGGGCCAGGGAAUGCAUGGGGAUCAACAGCUGUGGUUCAUCACCCAAUCAUCCGAUCAAUUGCCUUCAAACACAGAGCAACUCCAGCACAGGUUGCACUGAACUGGGGACUAUCAAAGGGCUCAAGUGUGAUUGUGAAAAGCUUCAAUCAAGAAAGAAUGAAGGAAAAUAUUGGAUCGUUUGAUCUGAGAUUGGAUAACGAAGAUAUGAUAGAGAUUGAGAAAUUGGAGGAAAUGAAGAUUAUGAGGGGGGAAUUUCACGUUAAUGAAACCACAAGUCCCUACAAAACAAUUGAAGAACUCUGGGAUGAUGAAAUUUGA